AACUCUACAAUGACGAAUAUCCUUGGCGCUUUACUGUCAGAGGCAGACAAUGGUUAAAUUUAACACAUAUUUUUAAAGGAAGCAAAACAGUGGCAGAGUUCUCAAUGAUAGAUGCUGUAGGCUGUUUUGUGAUGUACAAAAUUAGUAUCCAUAUAGACAACCACCUUGACUGCUACAUUCCCUAUGGGGAAAUUAGGAGCAGAGAUAGCCACCCAUCUGCCAUUCCGUUUCCAUAUUACUCCAUCAUUUUGUGACAUCUAAAAUACCAUUUGAUUGAUGGUAAGAAUCAGCAUUGAUCAGGAAAAAAGGCAUAGAUGUGCCAUGAUAACAGAGUUGUUAGCACCAAUAAAACUAUUUCCAGCCAUCACUGCUAUAUGUGCUUAGAAUUAUUAUGAGAUCAGUGCAUGUAACUGAAUCCAUAAUUCACCAUGUACAUCCAUAUUCAUCUCCUGCAAAAUACAUGUGGUACAUUAGCAAGUCCUGUUCCUUUUUAGGAAAUGUCAUCAUUUAGAAUCUGGCUGCAUGUUUGAAGGGCAGCAAAGAGGGAAAGGGCCAGUAAUGCAGAAAUGUUUCUGUCAUGCCAGUUGAUCCCCUUAAUUAUUUUCCUGGGUCCCUGGUCAUAGAUAGUUAACUCCUUUGAUAUUUUUUCAUCCCAGAGACCCGGUGAUUUUUACAGCCCCAGCUGUAUCAGCUUACUGCAAAUUGGCACCUCCUUAUCAGCAACGAGGGGCCUGGUUCCGUCAAGGCCGUAAAAACUCCUACGGUUUGUUAUGGGAAACCAGGAGAGAUGGGGCCUGGUACUGUGGGAACAUCGUUUCAUCAUUCCUGUGUUGGAACUGCUAAAUUAGUUGAUUGCGCCCAGCUGAGGUAAGGAUUUUUCUCUAUAAGAGAAGGCCUCAGCUCUUGGGCUGUGUUCCACUUGUGGGCACCACCUUGCUUAUGGUGAUGCUCUGCGGUGGCUCCACUAUACUUCCUGACUGACCGUCCCUGAGGGGAAAGAUACUAACUCCUGAGAAAGAGCUGAGGCUUGUAAGUACAAUUGAGGCAGUUAGUUUUAUUAUUUUCAUUUUUGUGCCAAGAACCUUUAUAUCUUGUUUGUUAUAUACCUUGCCCCUUUUGGGUGUUGGUUUUAGGAUUUAAUUUGCUGCUCCAACUAAUUGUAUGUACCUUUUUAUCUUUUGUACCCUUUACCCUUUUCUUAUUUUCUUUUUUUAAUAAACUUUACUUAUUUUAAAGCAACGUGUGUUUAUUCCAGAGAAGGGGUUCAGUUACUAAGUUCAGUCCUGGCUGCUUGACCAAACUACCGUGUACUAGAGGAAUAUUUUCACUUAAGACUUCUGAAGGGGCCAGGAGGGUAUUGAGCCUCUGGUCCUGAGAGGCUUGAGUGUUCAGUGGGCUCUGGGGGUCCCUUCACCCCAGAGUGUUUAACCAAUAGAAGGGUGGUGGCAGUACUACCGUGCAGGGUUAGUGUAAAGCAUACACCGCCCUAGCAGACCAGGUUGGCUAGGAUCAAUUGCCCAAGGUUGGGGAUUGAUUCCUGGGACAGUAAAAGUAGGAGGAGGGGAACUCCCUGCUUUCACUACAUGUUGGCAGCGUUUGGGGUCGAAAAAGACUGAACCUAUCUCUGGUUAAACAUAGUUGUGAAAAGGUACAAUUGGAUAAAUUACAAUUAUUAAAGAUUCUGGCACAAAGGUUUGUUGUUUUGGAAAGUCAGGAUGGAUACAAGAUCUAAACAAAAGAAGGCAUUAGAUCAGGUUUCCACUGAGAGUAGUGAUGAGGAACAAACAGAGAUGUUACCUCAAAGCAAUUUUGAAGCAGCAGGAGGCAGCGCAGAGGGGCUGCCAGUCCAAAGCUUUACUCCGGAGGGAGAACGAGCACCGUCACCGGUACGGGGUCGACGGAGUAUGGAUAGCCAAGUUAGCCAGAGUGGGGGUGUGCCACCCAUGGAUAUGUGGGCAGAAAUGCACAACUUCUUCUCGAAACAGAUGGCUCUUAUGACUACCCUUGUACAACAACAACAAGCUUUUGCCCCACCAAGCCAAGGACUGAGGUCUGGCAGAGUGUGUUUGGGAGGAGCGGAUCCAGCAGAUUUUCCGUUUUAUCAAGCGGGAGAGGAUAUCUCCGAGUUUUUUUUAAUCUUUGAGCAAGCGUGUGUGGACCAGUCUUUAGACAAAAAAUACUGGAUGAAAAUUCUACGCACUCAAGGAAAGGGAGAGUUAAGAAGUCUAAUGUGUAAACUCCCGAGAGAGCUAGCUGAUGAUUAUGAAAACUUUGUAAAACUGGCAACAGCCCAGUUUGCGUUAUCCACCAGGGCAUGUUACCAAAAGUUUGAGACUUUGACAAAAAAAUCAAAAGAGACGUUUUCAGCAUUAAGCGCUCGUACUGCUCAAGCUAUGGAUUUGUGGAUUGCAGCUGCAAAAGCUAAUACUUUUGAGCAGUUAAGGACUGUGUAUACUCUGGAGAAAUUUUACAAAAUGUUGCCAAGAGAGCUUGCCGCAGCGGUGCGAGGCAAAAAGCCAAAAAGCUUGCAAGAAGCUGGUCAUUAUGCUGAUGAACUAGAUUCCUUUCAGGACAAAGAGGAAUUGCCUAAAGCAUAUGUUAAAAAACCGGGCAAUUACAAAGGGAAUCAACCAGCGGGUGGAGGAAGUGAGUGGAAGAAAAAAACGUGGCCAUCUGUAGUUAAGUCGGAGGACAAAGGGGAGAGCUCUGUUCCUGCUGCUGUUCCCGUGCGUCCGUCAGUUUACCAACCGAGUAAAGCAGUUUUGGAGAAUUUAUGCUUUCUAUGUAAACAACCGGGGCACAGAAAGGACCAGUGUUCCCAACUGAUUAAGAAGCAGAAUGUGAGUGUCAGCAAAGGGACUAAAAUAGCGGUAGUACAGAGAGCCCGUGAUUAUGAAGAACCAGGAGGGCAGUCAUCUCCGGAAAUUUCCCGUUGGUCGUCUUCGGAUUCUAAUUCCGACCAGGACUGGGAGUUUUCAGCUCCUAGUACUGAGAAUAGUCCCAUCACCCAAAGGAAAGGAAGUAAACAGACUCCUGCGGAAAUUAAAUUCAAUCACCCAAGUGGAUCCAUACCCCUUACCCAGGAUGGACCAUCUGAUUGAAAGGUUGGGGGCUGCUAAGUUCAUCA